CGCUGCCUUUUGGUAUAGGGAGGUGACCUGCUCUGUAUUUAGCUCUUGAAGCUCAGAAAAGCGAGCUUCGUGCUAGAUACAAGCUUCGGAGGCCACAUCGACGAUUUCUUCAUUGGGUUUCGACAAACUGAUCAUCCGCUGUGCAGUAGUGAUUGGUCGAUCUGCGGCUUGAUCGUCCAAAAUGGUCCGAGCGUAACCAUUUACGCACAACUACUUAAACUUAUCCUUUCUCGUUGCUUUCGCCCGCAUGAACAUGGACCCAUCUUCUUUACUAGCAACCGUCCACAAUAACUUACUGGCAGUGGCACGCUCGGCCACUCUGUUCGACGUCGCUGCAGUCAUCGUUGCCGUUUGCGCGCUUCAUGGUACUUUGAGGGCUGCCCGAAGGUCCCUGAAGACGACUAAGCUUCGUGGACCACCUAGAAGCAACAUCGUAUUUGGCGCAGAUAAGCAAAUAUUCGAAUUGCCAGAUCCCGGUGCUAUAUAUGAGACAUGGGAGAACGAAUACGGCGUGGUUUACGAGGUUCCGACGACCUUGGGCGGGAAGAAGAUCGUAUUAUGCGACCCAAGAGCACUUGCACACUACUACGCUAGGGAAACGUGGACCUAUGUCCUCACGAGUAUGGUCAGAUCCUACUUUCAACUCAACUAUGGACGAGGAAUACUUUGGUCGCAAGGCGAAGACCACAAAAGGCAACGCAAGUCAUUGACACCUGCGUUCAGCCAAGAUGCUAUAAGGAACCUCACUCCAAUCUUUUACUAUACCGCUCAUAAAGCGAAAUCCGCAUGGGAAGCCAUGAUUGAUGCCAGUGGUGGCGGCAGCACUAUCAUCGAAGUGCAGAACUGGAUGAACCAUAUUUCACUUGACACCAUCGGGCUUGCAGGAUUUUCUCAUGAUUUCGGCUCUCUUGAUGGCAAGCAGACCUCAAUAACCGAGAUUUUCGGAUCUCCAAAACUAUCAGCCGUGAAUGUCGGCCUUUUCCUUCUCUCACAAGUGUUUCCUCUGCUGAGCUCUGUACCGACACCGAGGACUAAAGGGCUUCGUGAGAUGCAAAGAACUAUAGAGGAUAUCGCGAUGAAACUGCUAGCAAGGACAAAGAAGGAGAAGGAAGAAGGAGCCUUUGACGGGAAAGAGGAGAAGUCGAUCAUCGGAGUGCUGUUAAAAGCCAGCGAUUCGGACGCUGCACUUCAUGUGACUCUUGAGGAGGUUCUGGCACAAAUGAGGGUCCUCCUUGUGGCUGGAUACGAAACAACAUCUACCACGAUGACGUGGGCGUUGCUUGAGUUGGCGAGGAACCCCGAUAUACAGCGCAAACUGCGACAGGAACUCUUAGCGUUCGGUGAAGAACCGACGUACGACCAGCAGCAAAGCAGUUUACCUUACCUCGAUGCUGUGGUGCACGAAAUCCUGCGAAUCCACGCUCCCGUGACAGACCUUGUUCGCGUGGCAGUGGAAGAUGACGUUAUCCCUCUCUCCGAACCUGUCGUUACCAGCUCUGGCGAAGUCGUCAACAGCAUCUCCGUAGCACGUGGCACUCAAAUCGGCAUACCUAUUUCCUGCAUCAACAGAUCUACCAGAAUGUGGGGAGCAGAUGCAAAAGUCUUCCGUCCAGAACGUUGGCUGGAGGAAGAUGGGAUUCCGAAGAAAGCACAGGAUAUUCAGGCAUACCGACACUUGUUGACAUUUGUGGACGGACCGAGGACUUGCCUUGGAAAGAGUUUUGGGUUGGCUGAAUUCAAGGCGGUUAUGUCGGUGCUGGUGAGGAACUUUGUGUUUGAGAUGAAAGAUGGACCCGAAACGCAAGUGGAGGUUGACAGAGGAUUGUUGCUGUUAACUAGGCCAAGGAUAGUUGGAGAGCAGGGCACUAACGUGCCGUUGCGCGUUCGCCGAUACGAAGGGUGAAUUGAUGAUAGACAUUUUGCUUGCGCUGACCUACGACAUGCUACAUGAACCGCCUUUGGGGUAACGUAGCUCAUUGAUAUAGCAUGCAAUAAAAGAUGAGAAUGAGUGCAACAGCUAGGAUCCAACUGACGGGGUCCUUGACUCUG